AUGCCCGGCCGGUUCAUGUUGCAGCCAGUAUGGCUACUGUGCAAGGGCAUCUCGGCCAUCGACUCGUGGCGUCGCGCUCUCAAGGGCGGCAAGACGGACGAGCAAGCCGGCGGGCAGUACUACUGGGACGAGCAGGCCAGCCUUUUCUGGACUUGGGACACCCCUGAGUUGAUUACUCGCAAAUUCAAAGAAAUUGUGGAUGCCGAGAAGCUGGGUGGAGUGAUGGCAUGGAGUCUUGGUGAGGACAGCCUGAGCUGGGAGCAUUUGAAGGCCAUGCAAGAUGGUCUCAGAGGCAGGUUGGUUGACCAAAACUCUCAUGCCUCGUGUGCCCGAUAUUGCAUGGUAUCG